UGCAGCAGUCCCCCCUCUCUUCCGUCGCAUACCUCUCCAAACACAAGGGGCGAGAAGAACUGAGGCACGAGCACCGCCCCCGCGCCGGCCGGCCAUUCCCUUCGCCAAUGGCCUCCGCCGGCGGCGCCGCGCUCGCCGCCCUCGCGCUCCUCGUCCUCCUCCCCGUCGCCGCGGCCUCCGAUUCCGACCACAAGUACCAAGCGGAUGAGCCUGUGACGCUCUGGGUGAACAAGGUUGGUCCGUACAACAACCCGCAGGAGACUUACAACUACUACAGCCUCCCGUUCUGUCACGCAACAGAAAACCAUGUGCACAAGUGGGGAGGGCUUGGCGAGGUCCUUGGUGGCAAUGAACUCAUCGAUAGCCAGAUUGACAUCAAGUUCAGAAAGAAUGUUGAUAAGGCCACCAUUUGUUCUCUUGAUCUUGAUCUUGACAAGGCCAAGCAAUUAUCAGAUGCGAUUGAAAACUUAUAUUGGUUCGAAUUCUUCAUCGAUGAUUUGCCUCUGUGGGGCUUUGUUGGAGAGGCAGACAGGAACAACGAUAACAAAUAUUUUCUUUUCACCCACAAGAAUAUUGUCAUCAGAUACAAUGGCAAUCAGAUUAUCCAUGUUAAUCUUACUCAAGAAAGUCCAAAGCUUAUUGACGCAAAUAAGGCAAUGGAUAUGACAUAUUCUGUCAAGUGGGAACCAACAAACAUAACAUUUGCUCAUCGCUUUGAUGUGUACCUGGACUAUCCUUUCUUUGAACACCAGAUUCACUGGUUCUCAAUUUUCAAUUCUUUCAUGAUGGUUAUCUUUCUCACUGGACUUGUGUCAAUGAUAUUGAUGCGGACUCUAAGAAAUGAUUAUGCAAAAUAUGCUCGUGAUGAUGAUGAUAUUGAAACUCUGGAAAGAGAUGUCAAUGAAGAAUCUGGAUGGAAGCUUGUACAUGGUGAUGUUUUCAGACCUCCUAGAAAUCUAGUUCUUCUUUCAUCUCUUGUUGGUAUUGGCACACAGUUGGCAGCACUUAUUCUUCUAGUAAUUUUGCUGGCAAUCAUCGGAAUGUUGUACAUUGGGCGAGGAGCUAUUGUCACAACAUUCAUUGUUUGUUAUGCUCUUACUUCUUUCAUCUCUGGAUAUGUCAGUGGCGCACUAUACUCACGGCAUGGAGGGAAAAACUGGAUCAAGGCAAUGGCCAUGACAGCAUCACUUUUCCCAUUUAUGUGCUUUGGAAUUGGCCUAGUGCUUAACACCAUUGCUAUAUUCUAUGGAUCAUUAGCUGCCAUACCAUUCGGUACAAUGGUGGUCGUAUUCAUCCUGUGGGCCUUCAUCUCUUUCCCUCUUGCCCUUUUGGGAACCGUUGUUGGUAGAAACUGGAGUGGUGCCCCAAACAAUCCGUGCAGAGUAAAGACUAUUCCUCGCCCUAUUCCUGAGAAGAAAUGGUAUCUCACACCAUCUGUCAUUGCCCUUAUGGGAGGACUGCUUCCUUUCGGUAGUAUCUUCAUUGAAAUGUACUUUGUCUUCACAUCAUUUUGGAACUAUAAGGUGUACUAUGUUUAUGGGUUCAUGUUGCUGGUCUUUCUGAUCCUCAUAAUUGUAACCAUCUGUGUGACAAUUGUUGGUACAUAUUUCUUGCUAAACGCUGAGAACUACCACUGGCAGUGGACUUCAUUCUUCUCUGCUGCUUCCACUGCUGUGUAUGUUUACCUAUACUCCAUAUAUUAUUACCACAUGAAGACCAAGAUGUCAGGAUUCUUCCAGACAAGCUUCUACUUCGGCUACACUCUAAUGUUCUGCCUAGGUUUAGGAACACUGUGUGGUGCCGUAGGAUAUCUUGGAUCAACAUUGUUUGUGAGGAGGAUCUACAGGAAUAUAAAGUGUGACUAAAUGAAGAAAAUGACAACCCCAAUUUGGAUGAGUGGGGAGAAACUGCAUACAAGAGCCUUGUUUCUUUGAGGUUUGAGGAUCAUUCAUUCAUCUAUCCUGCAGCCGAGAAGCCAGGGCAUUUUUGUGGAAUAUAUGAUUUUCGGGACAGCUGCAAGCCCUUCUCUUGUCCUUUUUUACUUCACUUCGAUCCUGCUUGGGGCGGUGAUAAAUUUUCAUGUUGAAUUAGUUAUAUAGCAGCAUUGUAGUUGUUGAGUAGUAGCUCUAGUAUAUAUCACAAUUGUUAUCCUUGAACCCAUUGAAAUCUGUAUUUAUGGGUAUAAACUGUAUCAUCCACAUUACCAGAUGUUUGAUGAUAAACACAAUUCCAAAAGAUCAGUCCUAUUCUGUCUUA